AUGGGGAAGCAAGGACCUUGUUAUCACUGUGGAGCUACAAGCACACCUCUGUGGCGGAACGGGCCACCAGAGAAGCCAGUAUUGUGCAAUGCGUGUGGAUCGCGUUGGAGAACAAAAGGAACUCUUGUGAACUACACUCCGCUUCAUGCUCGUGCUGAUGGUGAAGAGAACGAGGAUCAUCAGAGGUAUCAAAGAAUGAAGAUCAUUUCUGUAAGUAACAAGAACAAAGAGCCAAAGAUGCUCAAGAGGAAAGCAAUUCAAGAGAACUUCACCAUUAAAAGACCUGUCUUGGAAUUCAAUAUUGGUUCGAAGAUGGCUGUGGUAGAAGAGGAUGCUAGUAAUAGAUCGAGUUCUGGUUCGGCUGUAUCGAACUCCGAGAGCUGUGCACAGUUUAGCAGUGCCGAUAUGAGUGAGUUAACAGGUCCAUCUCAGUCAAACGCGUGGGACACGACUGUUCCUAGCAAGAGGAGGACGUGUGUAGGCCGUCCUAAGUCCUCUUCCGUUGAGAAGCUCACCAAAGACCUUUACAGUAUUCUACAAGAGCAGCAAUCGUCUUGUCUCUCAGUUACAUCGGAGGAAGAUCUUCUUUUUGAGAAUGAAAUGUCAAUGGUCUCUGUUGAGAUUGGACAUGGGAGUGUUCUCAUGAGGAAUCCUCACUCGUUUGCUCGGGAAGAGGAGUCUGAAGCCAGCUCGUUCUCUUCGCUUGAGAACAAAUCCUNCAUCAGUGAGGCAUACUCACAUUCCGUGAAGCGUGUUGAGAUUGGAGCGGGGAGAGGUUCUGAGUCUGUUGGACAAGCAAUAAAGCAAGAGCAACUCAAGAGGACCAACUCUCAAAUUGGAAGAGUGCAUGUCCUUGGGAGCCAUAGCUCACCACUCUGUAGCAUAGAUUUGAAGGAUGUUUUCAACUUUGAUGAGUUCAUAGAACAAUUCACAGAGGAAGAACAGAAGAAACUGAUGAAAUUACUUCCUCAGAUUGACUCUGUAAACCUUCCUGAUAGCCUCAGAACGAUGUUCGAAAGUGCUCAGUUCAAAGAGAACUUCACUUUGUUUCAGAAACUUAUUGCGGAUGGUGUCUUUGACUUGUCUUCUUCCUCUGAGGCAAAACUCGAAGACAUCAGGACUUUUAAGAAGCUUGCUUUGUCUGAUUUCAACAAAUCCCGUUUGGUGGAAAGCUAUAACCUCUUAAAGGAACGAGAAAAAGGGACAGGAGAAUCUGUUACUACAACUUCAAGAAGCUCAAACCCAAAUGUACAUAAGAAUAUUGUAACCAUUAAGAGACGAUAUGAAAACCAAACUCCAUUAAAGUCAGAGUCAAGAGGGCUUAUGAGGAGCCCGAAAAGCAUAACGAAGAGCCAUGAAAGCAAAGUGAUGACAGAGAACAAUGUCUCUUGCUUUAACCCAAGAAGCUUAGCUUCUGCGUUUGCGCAAGAAAGUGGCUCUGCGAUGUUUGGCUAUGAAGGUAAUUGCAGUUCUGAUCAAGAUCUCCUUCUUCUCGACUUACCGUCAAAUGGGUCGUUUCCUCAAGCAGAGCUGCUUCACCAACUCUGA